UUCGUCUCAUAUAUAUUAGACCGUCCUCUCCGUUUUUUUCAACCCCUCUCCUCGUCGUCUGAAAAAGUACCAGAGACAAUUCACACUUUCAACAUCCGUGGACGAGCCUGUCAAGGUCGUUGAUCAUUAAAAUUCCAGAAAUAGUUCCUCGAGAUUGAAUCAUCAAAAUUAAUCUAUUAUAAUUUUGAUAUUAUAUGUGAACGCAUCAAUAUAACUCAAGAAAAUAUCAGCUCAAAAACUCAACGCGAUAAAUUACCGAAAGAAGUGUAUGAAAUAUUAUAAGAUGGCGUCAGCAGUCAUCACGUCGUGGACUUGAGAGGAAAUGAGCAGAUGAGAAAUGUGCAAUUUUCAUUACAAAAAAUAAGUGAGAUUCAUUAAUUAACUACGUGUGAAAAAACUAAUUUAAAGUUGGUGUAUUUUCCACAACUAGUGAUGUUUAAAAUAUCAAUCGAAAUGUCCUGUGUCGGAUUAUUAAUCAAAUGUGAGUCACCACUAGGAUAAAUAAAUUGAACUUGAUGAAAUCUUCCAUGGAGUUAGGUCUUGGGAAUUGCAAUCUUUGUAGUUGCUCAUCGAUGCCUUUGUCCAGUGUGUCAGAUUGUGUUACCAGGACUUUUUAGCCCCCGCCCGUGAUUAUCAUCAUCGCAAAGGCAAACGAUAACCCAACAUUCGAUUGUCGAGGCUAAUUGUUUCAAUUUGAAAGGCCCAAGUGUUGAAAAUCAAAUUCAUUAACAAUGCGUGAAUUUAAAGUAGUGGUAUUGGGCUCGGGUGGGGUGGGCAAGAGUGCACUGACAGUGCAAUUUGUGUCUGGAUGUUUCAUGGAGAAGUACGAUCCAACAAUUGAGGAUUUUUAUCGUAAGGAAAUUGAGGUGGAUAAUUCACCGUGUGUCCUGGAGAUUCUCGACACUGCUGGUACUGAACAGUUUGCCAGUAUGAGGGAUUUGUACAUUAAGAAUGGCCAAGGCUUCGUUGUUGUAUACAGCCUUACGAACCAUCAAACAUUUCAGGAUAUUAAGGCCAUGAAGGAACUUAUCACACGCGUCAAAGGCACUGAGAGAGUACCAGUGCUACUGGUUGCUAAUAAAUUAGAUCUCGAGCAUCAGAGAGAGGUGGACACUGCCGAGGGUAAUGCACUUGCCCAGCUAUGGGGCUGUCCAUUUGUCGAGGCAUCUGCCAAAAAUCGAACCAACGUGAAUGAAGUUUUUGCUGAAAUUGUUCGAGAGAUGAAUUUCAGUCCUGAAAAGGAGAAGAAAAGUUACUGUUGUUGCAGUGUACUCUAAUACUUAAUCAAAAGCCUGGUACAUUGGAGCCGAUUGAGACUGAAAAUUUACUGAGUGCUUUAAACUGCAUGUGGCACAAAAGUACCAUAGAAUUCCAUAACGCAGAAGUGAAAUUGUUUGAUCAAGCUGAAUAUACUCUUUGUCAAUAUUUCCAUUCAGAAUUUUUCAUAUUCUAUCUCAUUGCAAAAUAAAAUUUAAGAAAAUGCCUUUUUUUAUUUAAAAAAAAUCAUAAAUUUGUUACUUUAAUUAUCAAACGUACACGAUUGACUCAUUUAUCUGUUCGUAACGUUUUGUUUUUUCCUUGGUUUCUUUUUUAUUUUUGUAGAAAGAAGAAUACGAAAUUAAUGGAGUAUGGAAAAGUUUAAAGAUUGUGGCUGUCAACUAGCCUCAUGGCCGAAUAUUUUAAUAUAACAUGGAUAGUAUUAUAUGUAAUUAUCACUGUAAUAUAUUAAUUAAGUACGACUGGUAUACAUAAGAGUGGAAAAUGGGUGGGUAUUGAUGGUAUUUUGAAGGUGACAAAUUUUAAGGACCAAUGCGCAAUUGAUUUAUAAAACUAAAAACCGAUGAUAAGGCAUGUGUGAGACGAUUGUGUGAUGACCCCAUUCCUCUUGGUGUUAUUAAGUUAAUUGUUGAUGCGAAAAUGUAGAAACGAAAAAACCGAAAUUAUUUAAUUUAUGGACAAUUUUUAUGAUCAAUUAUUGAGAUUUUCUUUAUAUUUAGCACAUUGCGCAUUCGUCCUUUCUUGGCAAUUAAUAAUUUUCUGUACAAGGUGCUAACUAACAAAAAUAUCGAACAGACGGAAAUCAUUGAAAAAAGCGACAUUGGCAGAAUUUCAAGGGACCACUGUAGUGGUUUUGGGCAGUUAAUGUGAAGGAUUAAACGGUUGAUCCAACUUAAACUGAAAUUCGUCCGAUCCUUUGGAGAUAAAUACGUUUUCUCGCCAUUGGAAGAAAUUGUCCAUUAGAGAAAAUUAUUUUAUUUUCAUUUUUUAAUUUCUUUUUGUUGUGUAGGAGAGUAUAAAAGUCAAUGGCUCUUUUGUAUAUUAAAAACAUAGUAGAUUGUAAGAGUUUAAACCUUAUUAUUACCAACAGGAUUAAUUCAGAAUUUCAGACACUUUCUACAUUAUUUUUACUCAAUCAUAUCCUUAACUCAUGUUUUAUGUAUACAUAUAUCUCUUUUGUAUAAAAAAUAUCUUUGCAACUGCAUCUUGAUAAUUCAUUUGCUACUGUUGCACUACUUACUUUAAGGCAAUUUUUUACUGAUUCGUGUUCUGUCUAUUUUUGCUUAAUUUGCAAAAAAUUAAUGGUAGGGAAUUCAUCAUGUAAGUGCAAAUCAAUUUUUUUUUAAUUCCAUUUAUAGUCAAAUGAGAAAAAAGUACGAGAGCAUUCGAAUGAACUCAUCAAAUUGUUAAUAAUCCAAAGCUAUUAUUCCUCGCCUACUUUUUCAAACACAGAAUUGACCGAAUUAUUGAUUACACAGGGAUCCCUUCAACUACAAUCAAGUGAAUUUUUUCUAUAUUUUUUAAUACUACAGUUAUUCUUUACUUUGCAACAUACGGGGCGUCAUGCAAUUCGUGAAUUUCUCUCUUCCCUUAGAUUACACAUUGAAAUUUCAAUGAAUUCAGUUUAAUUUCUGUGAAAAAGACAACAAUUCAGUUUGUAAUUCCUUUUAUCGAACUGAAUGUGUUUACCAUUUUAAUUUUAGAUAUGCAAAUGGAGGACAACCUGGAGGAUAUAAAAAUGCAAUUUAAGUAUAACGAUCGAGUUCAUUUUAAAUAGAUACUAUUCUCAAUAUCAAUUAAUAACAAUUUUAUAAAAAAAAAGGUGAAACGAAAAAAACGUAAAACAUUUUUUUAUGUAUAGAAAAAAGUAAGAGACUUAGUAAUUGGGCAAAGAAACAUUUGAAAUGUGCAUUGCUUCUUCUCUUCUUUUUUGUGAUGACUAGUUUUUUCACUCUAUAUACCUAGAUAUCGCUGUGAUCCUGUAGAUGUAACCAAAAAUGAAAAAGAAAAAAUAACUGAAAGGGACAUAUUCGAUUUGUCAGAAGCAUAUUGAAAAGUUUAGUAAAAAAAAAUUUUGAUAGCAUCAAUUCCUGAAACAGUAGGAAAGUCACAAAUUAUAUCUUUUCAACGUAAAUGGUCGGAUUGUCUUUUUCGCUUUACUAAACGUGAUAUUUGGUGAAUCACGAAAUAAAAAUAGAAAUAUUGCGCACAGGCAUGUUUGUUCAAGGAGUUACAUACUCAUCGCACUUUCUGACGAGUGGAAGAGUAAACAUUUUUAUGAACAAUGUAAACCUUUCUCCGUGAGACUUUGUAUCAUUAAUCACCAAUUCACGCAGCUUGCUAAAUCAAGAAGAGAAAAGAACACAUAAAAUUCUGUUUCAAAUAAUAUUUUUCUAAGUGCGCCGGUGAACUAUGCUGUUUGAUGAAAAACAACUCUUUGAACAUGAUAUAAAUAAAACUUCGGCUGCGCCACUUGCCUGUGUUAGCAUAUCAUCGAUCGGGGACAAUUUUCCUACUUAUCAAUAUUGGAAUGAAACUCGACAAUUAAGAAAAUGAAACAAUGAAUAAGCAGAAAAUAAUGAAAAUUAUGAUUAAAAUGUUCAAUUGUAUGUGUAGAAGAAUGUAUUUUGGUUUGCACCUCGGGUUUACGGAUGGUCUUCGUAAAUCGUAGAAUAAAAAGAAUUUGAGUGAUAAUAUAAUGUUAAAAAAUGAAAACGAUAAAAGAGCAACAUAAAAAGUAACAACACCACGAUUUAGAUUGUAUAUCGGCCUUACCUGUAUAUGGUAUAUUUUUUACGAUGUGGACAAAACUGUAAAUAUUAUAGUAUCAAGUUAUAUACAAUAAAACAUUAACAAUAA